CCAAAAACGACACCGUACGGUAACAAAUUUCGAUAGCUUUUCUCCGCAGUUUUUACAGUUGCCGUUUAAAUUGCGUUAGGGCUUUGAAAAAGGUCUUAAACCCCUUUCCCUCUCUUGGAGAAAGCCAUGGCGACGGAGCAAAACAUGAGUAGCUGGACCCAUCUGCUCCACUCCUCCACCAAGCUUCUCGAACAAGCGGCGCCUUCCGCUCAGUUCCCUCCGCUACAGAGGAAUUUAGAUCAGUUAGAAACAUUAUCAAAGAAACUCAAGGCGAAAACUCUACGAAAUGAGGCUCCUCAACAAUCCGUUGCUGCCACAAGGCUUCUUGCACGUGAGGGACUAAAUGCAGAGCAGCUUGCACGUGACCUUAAGUCCUUUGAAUUGAAGACAACAUUUGAAGAUGUUUUUCCGUCUGAAGCAACAAAUGUUGAAGAGUAUCUGCAGCAGGUCCAUCAAAUGGCAAUGGUCUCAGCUCUUCAAGAAGCUCAGAAGGAUAACCUUAGAAGUUUUAAUGAUUACAUGUUAAAAGUUUUGGAGGAGGAUUGGCAAAAGGAAAAACGUGAUUUCCUUCAAAGCUUAAGCCAGAUUUCGACGUUACCCAGGACCAACAUGACUUAUACUAGCAGCGGUGGUAGCCAUUCUGGUCAAAUAGCAUCCAUAACUUCUAGCCCUCAAGUUUCAUCUUAUCCAUCUAGCAUGGAGCUUGUACAUUUAGAAAGCAAGCCCAUCCGUGACAAGAAAGCCUCUGUCUAUGCUGAAGUUGUAAAAAGUCUGAAUAAUGCAAGGCAGCGCGGAUUACCGUAUAAGCCCGCCACAGCUUUCAGGGGUGCUUAUGAGAGUUUAGGCCUUGAUGGAUCUGGUGGAAAAUCAGUUAACAUGCAGAAGAUAUGGCACCUUCUUCAGACGUUGAUGGGUGAAGAUAUAACCCUACCGCGUAGCGUUUCAAAAAGGAUGUCAUUAGUUAUUGGGGCAAGGCGCCACCUAGAAUGGGGGCAUGAAAAAUACAUCAUGGAUACAAUUCAAAGUCAUCCGGUGCAGGCUGCCCUGGGAGGAGUUGUUGGAAAUUUACAAAGAAUCCGUGCCUUUCUUCGGAUUCGUUUAAGAGAUUAUGGAGUUCUAGAUUUUGAUGCGGGAGAUGCUCGUAGGCAGCCUCCUGUUGAUACCACUUGGCAGCAGCUCUACUUUUGCUUGAGAACUGGGUAUUACGAUGAAGCAAGAUCUGUUGCUCUGUCAUCUCGUGCUUCACACCAGUUUGCUCCUCUGCUUACGGAGUGGAUUAAUACUGGGGGUAUGGUGCCUGCGGCCAUUGCAGCUUCUGCGUCAGAAGAAUGUGAAAAAAUGUUAAGAAUGGUUGAUCGUGUGGGCCGAGCUGCAUAUGACAAGAAAAAGUUGUUAUUAUAUGCUCUAGUAUCUGGUUCUCGUAAGCAAAUCGACCGUCUACUAAGAGAUCUACCAACGCUUUUCAACACUAUAGAGGAUUUCUUGUGGUUCAAAUUGUCAGCUGUAAGAGAUUGCCCUGGUGGAGGUGCCCCCAUUGUUAUGAAUGAGAGCUUGGUACCAUACACAUUGGAUGAUUUGCAGAUUUACUUAAAUAAAUUUGACCCGUCAUAUUAUACAAAAAAUGGAAAGGACCCCCUUGUGUACCCAUACGUUUUGCUUUUAAGCAUCCAAUUGAUACCAGGUGUGCUAUACUUGUUUAAAGAAACUGGAGAUGAGGGAUAUAACAUUGAUACUGCCCACAUAUCAAUUGUGCUAGCAGAUCAUGGGGUCCUUUCUGAAGGUGCUGGUGCUGGACAGAAAAUGGGCGUGAUGGAUGCUUACGCAGAGGCAUCAAACAUAAUCAGGCAGUAUGGAUCUGUGUAUUUACGUCUUGGUAAUCUAUCAAUGGCAUUAGAAUAUUAUGCACAAGCUGCUGCUGCGGUUGGUGGUGGGGAAUUGUCAUGGUCUGGAAGAGGUAACGUUGAUCAGCAAAGGCAGAGAAAUUUGAUGCUGAAGCAGCUCCUUACAGAGCUGUUGUUGCGGGAUGGUGGGAUCUAUUUAUUACUUGGUUCAAGAGGUGCCGGAGAAGGUGAUUUGGGUCGAUUUUUGACUGAUGCAAAAGCAAGGCAACAAUUUCUUCUUGAAGCUGCACACCAAUGUCAAGAAGCUGGGUUGUAUGAAAAGUCUAUAGAAAUUCAGAAACGAAUAGGAGCAUUCUCGAUGGCAUUGGAUACUAUUAACAAGUGCCUCUCUGAAGCAAUUUGUGCCCUUUCACGUGGUAGAUUGGAUGGUGAUAGUCGAACUGCUGGCCUCAUUCACUCUGGAAAUGAGAUCUUGGAAAUGCACAAAUAUUUUCCUGAUAUCAGUCCUCAAGAGAGGGAAAUUGUUUCUGAGCAGUACAUUGUUUUAAGACAACUUGAGGCCGUACUGUCAAUCCAUAAGUUGGCAAGAGGAGGCUGUUAUGCUGAUGCUUUAAGGGAGGUUGCCAGGCUUCAAUUUCUUCCAUUAGUUCCCGGGACACCAGAUGCUACCACCGAUGUCUUCCAGAAUUUAUCUCCGCAUGUCCAAGCCUGUGUUCCAGACCUCUUGAAGGUUGCUCUCACUUGUCUGGACAACAUGGUGGAUUCUGAUGGAUCGCUUCGUGCCUUGAGGGCUAAGAUUGCUAGCUUCAUUGCAAAUAAUUCCAAUAGGAACUGGCCUCGUGAUUUGUAUGAGAGAGUUGCCCGGAGCUUGUGAAGCAGAUGAAGCACGAGAUGAAGAUGCAUGAUUGUUUUACCAAUUGGAGAAGACAAUCUAAAGUAGCAAUACUACUUCGAUGACUGAGUUAAUUCGAUUUUAGCGGCGUCCUCUGUUUUGUAUUCAACCGGGCAAGCUGAACUGAGUUGCGAUCGGAUUUCUUGUGUGUAAUUUGAGCACCAAUAUCACCCUCAUUCCCAUUUUUAUAGCUAAUGUGUGGAACUUUAUAUCUUCUGAAAAAGGUGUUGAUAUGUUUCUAGAAAAAAGUGACAAUUUGUAGUGAUCCAUUUCUGCUUCAUCGAAGGAUUUGAAUAAUUAAUCCUAAUCUUAAUUUUAAUCUACUUCGCUUCAUGUUCA